CCACGUCCGCACGAAACAAUGGUUCGCGCCGACGUCCAAGAAGUUACGAAACCUUAAGAAGUCUAUUUUAAGUUGAUCCCUCUCCCUAUUAACUACCUUGAUUGCACGCAAAGUGACUGCUACCUCUGUACUCAAUUGUAUGCAUGCCAUUGUUGCCCGCAAUCUUGUGCUUACGGGUCACCUGGUUUCCCCAACCUCGUCUGCCACUCUUGCAACAAGGUCUUGCUUUUUCCACUUCUUCCGUUGCCAUCACCUCGCCAUGACCUCUCCUCCCCCAACGCCUCCUGCAGAGGUGCCUUCUGAUGAACAGUUUUUCAGAUUCAAAGAAACGGGCGCGCCUUGCGAGGGGAUUGAGGAAUAUCGGCCUGGAGGUUUUCACCCAGUCAAUCUUGGAGACACGUUCCAUGAUGGCAAGUACAAGGUUAUUAGAAAGCUUGGAGCCGGUUCGUUUUCCACUGUGUGGCUAGCUGUCAGCACAGGCACACCGCGAUAUGUCGCCCUCAAGAUAAUGAUUGCCAAGGCACCUGGUACGAACACGGAGCUCUGCAUCCUUGAUCACCUCUCGAAACAGGCACCUGGAGACAUCAGGGCCCAGCAUGUCACUGCACCUUUGGACAUCUUUCAACAUCAAGGCAUUAACGGCAAGCAUCAGUGCCUAGUGUUCGAGCUUAUGGGCGGAACUGCUGCUUCAGUAGUAGAAGAAUUACCAGAGAACAAACCAAAGAAGUACGGAAAGAGACAGAGGUAUCCUAAAUGGAUGGCUAAGAGAAUACUUCUCCAUGGACUCCGUGGCCUCGCCUUCCUUCAUCAAAAUGGUGUGGUGCACGGUGACGUCCAACCAGGCAACCUGCUCUUCUCUAUUGCGGACAUCAGCCCUACAGAAGAAGAAAGUCUAAAGCAGGACGAAGCUAGCACUGCAGUACCCGUGCAUAGGGUCGAUGGGAAGGCUGAUAGAUGGGCGCCGAAGAAUCUGUAUCUGAAACAGCCGCUAUACGAUCGCGUGCAAGUUGGUCCAGAAACCUGUGUAAAGCUGUCGGAUUUAGGAUCAGCUUUCUGGUUGGCUGAGCGUCCUAGCAAAACGGUUACACCUAUUGGUCUCCGCGCACCAGAGCUAAUUCUCCACCAAUCGUUCGGCUUGGGCAUUGACAUUUGGAGCUUUGGAUGCCUGAUAUUUGAGUUUUUGACGGGAAGGGCGCUAUUCGCCAUCGGGGUGUUUGGUUGCAGUCAGAAAGCUCAAGAAGAUGCGGAUGAUGAACACCUUAUCCAGCUCAACGACGUUAUUCGACCUCUACCCGACUCUAUGAUGACUGUUUGGCCGCGCGCUAGCAAGUGGUACACACCUGACCACCAGCGCCUACAGCCACACAGCGACGAAGAGCUAGAUAGCGACGAAGAGUCAUACAGCGACGUAGAGCCGUACAUAUAUCCGUCUCUCGAAGAGCUCUUUGCAGAGGAAAAGUCGCCCGAGAUUGAUGAUGAGGAAUCCGCAGUCGUGUGCUCACUAAUGCAGCAGAUCUUUGAAUACGACCCGGCAAAGCGGCCGUCAGCGGAAGAUCUGCUCAAGCAUCCUUGGUUCUCAGAGUAAAUGCCACCCCCUGUAGAAGGAGAUCCAUUAGGGAGAGCAAAGUACUUGUUCGAUGUGGUGCGAAUACGAAUUUCAUCAGGGGUUAGAUGAUUAUACUUCGUACAAUUAGAUAUGGUUUGGUAUCUAUUAUGAUCAACCACUUCAUUCAAGAAUCAAACCAAGUCGAGCAGAUGGUGCGAAUGUGCAGUACUGUUGAAAAAGGCAUGAUGUAACUCCACCAGGACCUCAGCCACCACGAAAAUCCAUCCUCUGCAAAAAGAAAUUGUAAUUCAUUAUAUUCGUCCAGGUGUCCUUC